ACCACAAACUGAUAUUCAUCAGGUGGUGUCAGAAUUAAUCGGAUUCCAUUUGCUGAUCUUGAUGCCCUUACCAGCCAGCGGAGGGGAUGGUACUUGGUGCUAUGACUCACAAGAUCCUAAGUGCGGCCCUUUGCACUGGAAGGACAUCUCAGCAAGCUGUGGGGGACAGAACCAGUCGCCCAUUAACAUCGACAGAAGGAAAGCUCAACGGGACAGGAGCCUUGAUGAAAUCUUGUUUGAAGGCUAUGACCAGGCUCCUCCUGGCAGGUGGAGACUGAUGAACGAUGGUCACUCAGUUGUGAUGAAGCUAGACGGGGCUUCUGCUGCAGAGCAGAUUAACAUCACCAAAGGAGGACUUCAGGACACGUACCGGGCCCUGCAGUUCCAUUUUCACUGGGGGGACCUCCACAGAAAUGGCUCAGAGCACACCAUUGAUGGGCACCAGUACCCAAUGGAGCUGCAUCUUGUUCACAUGAACACCAAGUACAAAACCGUCAAUGAAGCCAAAGGGCACCCAAACGGACUUGCUGUGUUGAGCUUUUUGUUUAAGAUCUCUGAUGCGGACAAUACCAAUUACAACACCAUUGUCACCGGCCUGAGAAACGUCACUCAUGCAGAAGAUUACGUCGAUUUGGCAUCCACGUUUUCUCUGAGCAACCUCCUCCCCAGCAUGGCACUGCUCUCCAAAUAUUAUCGCUACAUGGGCUCCCUCACCACCCCAAACUGUGAAGAAGUGGUACAAUGGACUGUGUUUGAGGAAAAGAUCCCAAUCAGCAAGUCACAGAUGAAUGAGUUUGUCAACACCAUUUACUUCAAAAAUGUUGGAAUGACAUCUCUGAAAAUGACCAACAACUUCCGCCCUCCGCAGCCUCUUCAUAGCCGUAAAGUAUAUGCAUCCAAAGAUGCCACCAUCAGCUGUGGCUGUCCACUUCCUGUCAAUCUCCUCUUUCCUCUGCUUUUGGCUAUUUUGGUUGGCCAAAGCUCUGGCCCCUCCUAGCUGUUUCAUGGCCAGUUGCCAAAGUCUAGAAUCAAUGAUGGCUUCAUGGCAUCUUCAUACCCAUGCUUCUUCACUGUGAUCCUUUUCUAACU